UUAACCGGUUUUAUUUACGUCGCAAACUUUGUUUUGAAUUGUACUGAUUCAAUACCUAUUUUAACCAAUUUUAACCAAUUUUAACAAACGUAUUAUAUAUACAUACCAUCUAAUACAUCUUGAUAUUUUAAUUAAGAUUUAAAUGGUACAUAUGGAGAAAUGACUCCAUAUUUGACAAGGCAGCGUACUUUGUUGUUAAAUUUACAAGCCCCACAGUCAAGAAAUACGAUCUCAUCCUCAAAUACAGUAGCUAAACCUAAAAAUAUUGCAGACAAGAAGGCAAAAACAAAGGUUAAUAGGAAAGUGAUUGAUACAAGAUCCGCGAUCCAAACAAGAAAUGUGUUAUCUAAGAAAAGGAAUAAUGCUUCAGCUUCAUUGGAUACAGAAACUAUUGAAAAAGAAAGUAAGAAAACUGUGAAACAUAAACAACUAUCUAAAGAGGGAAUUAAUAACAGAGUAAAAGCUAAAAAAAGUGUAACACAUAAUGAUUCCAAUAAUUUAAAUAGAAAUAAAUCAAAGGCUGUCAAGAGAAAGCAAAGUACAAAUGAAACAAGUAAAAAUAUUUCUAAUUUACGACAAAUGUCAUUAAAAGAAUCCUUUGUAAAUCAAUCUAAAAAGAGAGUCCCACGUUCUUCUAAAAAUACUAAAGGUUUAAAAAAUGAUGAAAUACCAAUAAAAAAAGAUUGUUCUCCUAAAUUAAACGAUUGUGGAAGCAGAGAAAAAUUACCAGUAUAUAAAAGUGUUCCACUUGAUAAUUCUCAAGAAGAUACUAAUGAAAUCUAUGAGUUUAAAUUUGAUGUUAAUGAUUCUAAAGAAAAAUUGCCUAAAAAACGUAAGAAGAAGUAUACUACUAAAAAAACACUAUUGAGCAAAAAAAAGAAAAAUGUUUUUGGGAAACAUAAUUUGCCAGAAAUGAAAAUUGAUAAAGAGAUUCCAACUAAUUUUCAGUUUGAAGAAGUUCAAGAAGUUAAAGAACUUAAGGAGGUGACAGAAGCAAAAAGCAAUAAAGAAGUAAUAGGAACAAAUUCUGUUGAAAUUUUAGAAAGCAAAGUUUCAAUAGAACCUGUGGUUGAACAUGUAUUAGAGAAAGAUGACUUACAAGAAGAUUUAAAAAAUGUUUCAGCGGUACCUUUAAUUGAACAUGUAUUGACGGAAACCGUGCAAGAAUAUGCAAAAGAAGAAACAGAUACACAUAAAUUAGAAAAACCACAAAGCACAAAGAAAGAACAAGUCAAAGAUAAUAUUACAAAACCAAGAAUUGUAUCAGUAGAAGAUUUAAAUAAUAAAAAAGUUACAAUGAUGCAUAAUUCACAAACGUCGAAGUCAGAUGAUUUUCAGCCAUUUAGACUAACAGAUAUUUUUAAGAGUGAUCUCGCGGUACAGCAGAAAAACAUGUUUAAUCAUUCAUUGUUUGAAAGAUCUUUAUCACCGAUUAAAAAAUCAUCAGAAAAUCUAGAAAUUGGUAGUCCCUGGAGGACGCCACAACCGCUUACAUUUUCACAAGUAAAGAAUGCAUUUCAAAGUACACCACAGAGCAACAAAUAUUGUAUUUUUAGCAAUAAAUUUGUGCGAACUUCAAAUAAUGAAAUCAAACCAUAUGGAAGUAUAAUAAAUGCAAAAAAUAUUUCACAGAAAAACAAUGAAAAUAUAAACGAGGAAGGGUAUGUAAGUAAUGUUAGUCACAAAAAGAGAAAACCUUCCGGGUCAAGAAAAUUUGGUACAGAAAUUACAAACAUAAAUCAAUCUUUACAAUCUAAUCCAGGAGAAGGUAUAAAUGAACUAGUAGUAAGUGAAGCUGAAAAUAUACCACCACCAGCUAUACAGACAACCAAUACAAUGAACUUAAGUACAAAUAAUACAUUUAGCUCUGAUACUAACGAAAACAAAGAAAACAAUAUGUCAAAUCAGCAAAGUCAAAUAGUUGUUAAGAAAGAAAAGAAAAAAGUUCAUUCUCAAAGUCCUAAGAAAAGUACAUUAAGUGUACAAAUGGAUGAACAAAAAGAAAAUUUUGAUCCUCAACCUGGACCAUCAGGCUUACAAAAUCGUUCAAUUGUUAAUGAUCAAAGAGUAUUGAGACAAUCUAAUUUAAAUAAUUUUCUAAAUAUAAUGGAAAUGCCACAAAGUACUACAAUCAAUACACCUCACAAAAUUUUUGAUGAUAUAUGUUCAACACCAGUUAGUACUAUUAAAUCAGGAAAAAAGUUAAAUGAAUUACAAAAUGCAUUUGGUUUUAGUGAUGAAGAUGAUGAAAAUUUAUCAUCUUCUGUUCAGUAUAAAAAUGCAAAUGACAAAGGAAAACAAGAAAAUGCCAUUCAGACAAAUUUAGAGAAUUAUAACAGACCUUUAGCAAGAUUAUCAGUUAAUGAAAUAAAAAACAAAUUAGUGGUUAAUAAAUUGAAAGAGGAUAUAAAAAAAGUUGAAAAUGUACAAACUGAAAAAUUAGAUGUAAAAAGAUCGCCUCUCAAAGAAAAGAACAAAAAUAAAAUUGAUAUCACAAGCUUUUCUGAUACAUUUGAUGUUCUUUCUGAAAUGGGUGAAUCUGAAAUAGAGAAUAAUAUACCAGAAGUUCCAUUGUUUGCUGAUUUUGAACCAACUCAUUUUUCACAGCCUCCACGAUAUUCAUACAAACGUAAACGACCAGUGAAAUUCAGUUUAUCAGACGAGAGUGGUUCAGAAGAGGAAGAGAUACCAAAACAUGAAAUAAAGCGGAAAAGAGGUAACAAAAUGAAAUUACAGCAGGAACAAAGGUUAAAGAACUGGGUUGAAAAUAUUAAUAAAACAUUUAGUGAAGUAGACCAGCAUGAACUUGUGGUUGAGUAAACUGCUAAUUACAGUUAUGGUAAAGAAAAGUUAAGUAUAUUUCUGAUAUAAACUGUUAUUGAUAUUUAUUAGGCAAAUUUUAUCUUGAUAUCUUAAAUAUUAUUUUUAAGUGCCUUAUUAUAUACAUGCGCGUGCUUGCGUACUUUAAGAGAAAAAAAAAUAUACAAAAGUCAUAUUUAUUUUUAUUUUUAUUUUUUUUUUUUUUUUUUUUUUUUUUUAAUAUUUAUCUAUAAAAAUAGCUUUAUUAUAUUCUGUGUAACGCACGAUUGAAACUUUUCUUAAAUAAUUUAUUAUAGAUUUAAUAUAGUGAUAUAGUGGUGUUUGUUAUAAAAAAUUUUUAUGCGAUUAUUAUACAAUCAUUGAACAGUAUAAAUAUCCAAACUAAUGUAAUACACCAUUUUUCAAAGAAUAUAAUGAUGAGAAGUAAAAGCGUUUAAUAAUGUACAUAUAAUAUUUUAAUUAAGUGAAUAAGUAAUUCAUAUUUUGUCUUUUAUAUCUUUUGUGCAAUGAUAAUAUUUUAUAUCCUUUGGUCGCUGUGUUCGUUUGUUAUUUACAAGUGGUAGUAGAUCGUUCGUUCAUAAAUUUCAUAAAAAAUUCAUUUUGUACAUAUAUUUUACGUUAUUUUAUUUCUGAAUGAUUAAAAUGUACAAGUGUGUACAUACGCAUGCAUAUAUAUAUACAAUAUUACAUACAAGUGUACUAUUAUUUUCUGAAAACUGUGUAUUUAUGUAUAUAUCUUUUACAUAUUAUGCAAAAAAAAACAUUAACUUCUUAGUUGCAAUUUAUCAUUGUUGUUCAAUUGGUUAUUGAACUUACGCAUAUUAUGAGUUAACAUAUCUACGCGUAUAUUACAUAAGGAAUAAUCACUCAUUUCAUACCUCGGUAGAUUUCUUAAAUAGAAAAAUCAAUUUUUUCGAAAGAUGAUUUCAAUAAUAUCGAAAGGAAUCGUUUAUUUCAAAGAUGUGACACAAUAAUUAUCCACGAAAUAAUGUUUUUUACAUUUUGAGUUCCAAACUUCUCUUAUUAGCUUUUUGUAUGGGACAGUUGUUCAUUUCCUUAUUUAAAAAAUUCCAAUAUGAAGCAACUGCUUUAUAAAUAUUUAGUUCUUAUACAAAUGAUUCUUUGGUAUAUAUUAAAUCCCAUAAAUAAUAUUAACGACCGUAAUUUGAUACACGUAACAAUGAUAGCCUUGUCAAUUGUGUGUGCAUUGCAAUUUAAUACAUUAGAUUUGGAUACACAUUUAUAUAAGUGUACGUAUUUUUCUAUCCAUAUAAUCGAUUCAACCGCAGUGUUUAGGAAUAGUAUGUUCGUAAUUAAUUCGAACAGAAAGAAUUUACAUUUCAAGGAAAAAGUUUUAAGAAAGGUGGUGCAGGAGUCUCCUACAUAGAGAACGUAUUUAUAGUUGCGCUAGUCACGUAUGUUAUUCCCUUCUUAAAUUAGUAGUAUAUAUACCGUACUGCAUAUACUAUCUUACACAAUAUGUAGUCGUUGAUGUGUUUACCUAAACAUCUACAAUUACAAAAUGAUCGAUAGAUUAAAGUGUUUAUACGAAAAAAAUAAAGCCCGCGUAGUCUUUUUUCAGUCACAUUGAAUUUACUUUUUUUUUUAGUAGGAAACAUUUUAUUCAUUUUGAAAUAGAAAACGUUUAUAAAUGUAAUUUCUAUUUGCAGUUAUUUUAAGCUUAUUUUAACACCUUUUCUUUAGAUUUAUCUUUAAAGUGGUAAAACAGGUCGAAUGCAUGCAAAGUUAUAAAUAUAUGUCCAAGAUCAAUAUCUACAUGAAAGACACACGAAUUAUUUCCUCUUUCCCAUUCACUAUGUAUGAAAGUUUAAUAUUUUAAAUUACGUAAUUGAAGCGCAUCUGCUUUGAUCGAUAUUCGUAUCGAACAGUAAAGGCAAAUUGAAUCGUUUAUAAGUAUUCUAUCAUUUCUGUUAUUACAGCAAAUAUGUAUGCAAUUGCGAUCGAUAGUUACAUUGAACGAGUAAGGAAAAUCAUUUAUAAGUAUUUUCUUAUGUCUCUAUUCAAAGUACAAACAGGUUUUCAUCAACUUUAUUUUCACUCGAGGUAAAUAUGUAAUCGGUGAACUAUCGUUUGACUGGAGCGGAUAUCUCAUUAAAUUAUCAUUGCUAAAUAUAUUUCUACGCUUGCUAUUUACUGUCCACUACUCCACCAUUACUAAUUUCACCGUAUAACCUGUAGCAAUAUUGCAAGCGACACGGUCACGGACAGUGAAAACCUUUGGUUCGGUUUAAAGUCAUAUUUGAUCAGAAAAUACCAAGUUUCUAACUGCAGAGAUAUCACACGGUAUAUUCCUACGACUAUAUCGUUUGAUCUUUUAAGUUGGGAUUUUGAUGUUGCGAAUUCUGAAUUAAUUACGAAAGAUAUUGUCUAUGAUACACGUGAAAGGAAAUCUGAGUGUAGCUAUCCAAUUGCAGGUAUGAAAUUGAGUGCGUAUAAUAAGCCAUAAUACAAUUAUAUGCAACUACGUGUAAAGUAGGUCGAGGUGUAUGUAUUGUACCAAACAUAGUACAUAUAUAUUGUACUUCGGUUUAGCAAACAAUUCAGCUACAUCAUAUUACAUUUUUUAUUACCUCGUUUGUACUUAAACCGUUUUUGUAGAUUAUAAAUAAGUUGUAAAAGUACUUGUAAUAUAGAGAAUAAGAGCAAUAAAUAAAAAAUAUUUGUUUGGUA